AUGAAACCUAAGAUAAAGUAAAUAAAGAGGAACAUAAUUGAAAGCAAUAAUAGAAAUAAUAUAUAAGUAUAUAAAUUAAUUAUGAGGUUCCUUUUUUUAAUUAAUGUCCUAAUAUGGAUGGAGAAUAUGGUAAUGAGAAUAGAAUGAAAAAAGUUGUUGCAUAUUUGUAUUUAAGAGAAAACUGUUCUGAUAUUAAAUAAUGUAGAUCUUUCAGUCAGAAAAGAAUAAUUAGGUAUGGUUAAUCAGAAGAAGCAAUAAAUUAGAAGUAUGUUAAAGUCCAUUCUAAAAAAUCGGAUAUAAUAGGAAAUAAAAAAAAAGAAGUAACACAUUAAGAUUGGAAAGGAAGUUUGGAAGAUCUAAAAAUUGAUUAACUUUAUGAAAACUAAUUAGAUAAGCAUUUUAAAACAAAGGAAUUAUAAUUUGAUUAUUAAGAUAAAAUAGAAUUCAUGAAUUAAUAUAUAUAAGAAAUAAAUGAAAUGCAUGCAAGUUAAAAUAAAAUAGAAUCAAUCAAAAGUAUAAGAGCAUUACAUAAGUAAAAUAGAAAUGACCUUAAAUCAUAUGUAAAAUAUAAAGGAUAAAGAUUUUUUGAAAUAUUACCUCUUUUAAAAAAAAGAAAUUCAACUGUAAUUGAAGAAUUAAAAUGUUUUAAGCCUAUUUGCAAUUUAGAAUUAAAAUAAAAAGAGAAAUACUCAGAUGAAUUAUUUAAACAUUUAAACAAAAAACAAGAUUUUAAAUAAGAUAAUGAUUAAAAAUAAUCUAAUAUUGAUUAUUAGGAUUUGCUUAAACGCUCACCAACUUUAAGAAGAACUUUUAGUCAAUAAGAUGUUUUAAUAUCAGAAGCUACAAAUUUCAAUAAAAAUAAUUAUUUGUUUGAGAUUAAGAAUACAAAUGAAUAAGAAGAAUAAAUUAAAGCUUAUACUAUAAGUAAUGAAGAAGUUAAAGAUAAGUCGAAUUUCUAAUAAGAUCUUAAAUAAUAUGUUUCUAAACAUCUUAAUACAAGUGGUUCUGGUGAAAUUUCUGCAUUUAAUAUUUCAUAAAUGUAGUAGGUAAUAAUUUAUUAAAUAUGAGAGUUAAUUAAAUGAGAAAUUAAAGGAAUUAAAAAGGAUGAAUAAAAAGCUUAAAUUCAAUACGUUUAGAACGCAUACUGAAUCACCAAAAAUAAAGAAUUCUGUAUUUUAGACAACAGCUACAUCUUAUUAAUUUAAAUUUUGA